CCAGAGACACCUUCUGGUGCAUUGUGCACUUUAUUAAGUUGAAUUUUGUAGUAUUUUGAGAAUUAUCGAGAGUAAAAUAAGUGUUUUAUACAUACUCGAAUGGUUUGAAGUGACCGUAGCUCGAAAACGGACUGCAUUAUACAGUUUUUGAUAGAAAAUGAUGUUUGGUAACGAAUAUAUGGAAGAAAUGGGUGAGGUGAAAGAUGAGUCGGAAGAGCAGACGAAAGUUUCCAAAGAAAAGUCUCCCUUUGUAUCAGUUUUCACAAUUGAAAGUAUUUUGGGUUUAAAUAGUCACAUUGCGGAAAGAUCUUUGAACGAUAAAUCCAUAGUAAAUCAUCAAGAAACCCAUAGAGUUUUAACGAGCAGUAUCAAGAAUAGUCCAACGAACUAUUUUCACUAUUCUGGAAUCAAUCCUCUGCACACCCAAUCUUCAGCAGAAAUUGCUCCUCUCUUGCCAACGACAAAUCUACUAGGUCUCACAUAUCCCUCGACAUGCCACAGUUAUAUGCAGCAUGAUUUGUUCUCCGCGCAGCUCCACUCAUCCGUCGGUUUAGUGUCCUGCGACGGGAGUUUCCGGCCACGGUACCCGUUUCUCAACUCCGAUACGCACAUCAAAAGGAAACGGAGGCAUCGCACGAUUUUCACCGAAGAACAGCUCGAACAGCUGGAGGCAACAUUCGACAAAACCCACUACCCCGAUGUUCUUCUGCGGGAAAAACUUGCCGUAAAAGUGGACCUCAAGGAGGAACGCGUUGAAGUAUGGUUCAAAAAUCGGAGAGCCAAGUGGCGUAAGCAAAAACGGGAGGAACAGGAACAGCUUUCGAAUUUCGAUAUCAACAACAAAAUCCGCAAAUUCAUCAACAUCCCGGUCAAUACGCAAGAAAAGCUGCGGCAGUUGCAAUCCGAGAUGCUCGCGAAGGAGAAGCUGGUGGUCAGUAAAUUCGAGGACAUGAGCACAACCAGCGACGACGCGUCGGACGUCGAAGUCGUAUGAUCAUGAUGCAGUGUAUUUCAAAAGAUGGCAGCAAACCGAAGCAUUGCGUUAUAUGAAUGAAACAGCGCUUCGCGAAUGUAAAUACUAUCUCAACUAGAAACGGAUAUUCUCUUAUUCGUGUACUAUGUGUCGUAAUACUUCACCUACUGAACUAUAGGACUUACCCUUUAAAUAUAAUUAUGCUAUGUUUAAACUCAUUUAGAUUAGAAAAACGGUGUGCAAAUUUGUGAUCAAUAAAUCAAAUAGAGAUCCAACCAAACAUUUAUAUCAUCAAAUAUAGGGUGACUGCAAUAAAUCAUAU